AACGCUCGUGCCGGACUCAUCAAGAGGAGGCAGCAGCAGGUUGGAGAUGUCGUGGUGUGAAGGCUCUGGAGGCAAGAUGACUGUAGUCAAGUUGCUUCUCUCCUUAUUGCUGCUACAAACACUUUCUGAAGCCUCUAAUCAGCCGCCUCGUUUCCAGAAUUACUUCUUCCAGUCGUUCCUGCUCAUCUAUGAGAACACACCAGUGGGUACAUCCAUUACCCAGCUGCAGGCGAUCGACCCGGACGGCGAGCCGUUGAUUUUCGGUGUGGUCGGGGAAGAGGCCAUGCGGUACUUCGCUGUGCAGGAGACCACUGGGGUUGUGUGGCUGAGACAGCCGCUCGACAGGGAGACCAAGUCAGAGAUGGAGGUGGAGUUCUCAGUCAGUGACAGUCAAGGG